AUGGCUUCGAGGGACAUCGUUGCUUUGGUCAACUAUCCUUCCCAGAAGAAUCAGCUCCGAGAUUUCUUCGAGCACUAUGAGGUUAAGACCACAGUGCAAGGCAAGCGGUCUAUUAUCAAACCAUACCUGAAGAAGACUGAGGAGUUGGCACGCGAGGAGAGUAAGUGGAUGAUGAUAAAGGUGGAUGAUCUGUUGGCCCAUUUGAAGUACGAAGGGGGUUCUUUGCCGCCUGGUCGGGAGGAGAAGAGUUGCGGGUUGUUAAGUACUAUAUUGCACAAUGGUCCCCGAGCGUUACGAUUAUGUUAUGAGGUGAUAGAGGAGAUGAUUACGGAGUUGUUUGUGAUAUCGAUGGAGGACGAGUCGGCGUUGACUCCGAAGGAGCGUAUCUGGCGUGUAAUUCGUCGGGACGGCUCAGUACCAGCUUGUUUCCGUGUUCCCUAUGAGUUGUAUUUAUACCCGCCUAAGGAGUGGUAUAGAAAGCAGCAGAAUAAUGCAUUAAAUCUUGCAUUACAUCAGUUACGAGGGGUCCACGUUGGUCACUUGUUGGAGUUACGUGGUCUGGUGAGUCGUGUGUGUCCCACACGACCUUGCAUCCAGGUGGCCGUUUAUCGCUGUGAGGAUUGUUUCACGGUUCGGUACCAGCAUGUGGAUACAGCUGGUGUGUCGUAUAUGCCGCUGAAACAAUGCCAACGUGAACAGUGUCAGAAGAAGAACAACACUCUCUCUUUAUCUUCAAAAGAUUCCAAAUACAUCAAUUACCAACAAGUAUGGAUACAAGAAAACCCCGAGAACGUGCCCAGCAGCAAAGUACCUCACCAACUUAAGCUCAUUGUAACCGGCGAUACUACCAACCAAAUAAGACCCGGAAGGCCUAUCAGGGUUGGAGGGUUCUUUGUCUUGCAACUCAGCCAAAAUGCAGGUAGAUUCGGCGGCGGUGUUAGCGACCAUUCGGCCCCCGUUUUUCAAGUUAUCUACGUCGAACAGGACGGCGUCUGCGUGGACCAGGACGCCAUGAAAAAGAAGGCCGAGUUCGCGAAAGCUAACUACCCUGGACAUCGACUCUAUGAACUUAUGGCCAAAAGUAUCGCACCUACAAUACAUGGACACGAUGACGUUAAGAAAGCCAUGCUUCUCCAACUCGUCGGCGGCGUCGGUACUGGUGCAGAGACGGAACCGAACGCGGGUGGCGACGACAGCGAGAACAUUGCUCCGAAUGGAAACAGUACUGCGACUGGAAACAGUGCUACAAGUGGAAACAGUACUGCGACUGGACACAGUGCUACCGGGGUGGAGCGGGAUAGUAAGGUGAAGUUACGUGGAUCAAUCCAUAUGUUGCUGUUGGGUGACCCGGGUAUUGCCAAGAGUCAGCUACUGCUGCGAAUGUGCGAUGUUUCACCACGGUCCAAGUACACCUGCGGCAAAGGUGCCAGUGGUGUGGGUCUUACAGCUUGUGUUACCAAAGACACUAUAACAGGCGAAUUUUCGUUGGAGGCGGGAGCAACAGUCUUGGCGGACCGAGGGCUGUGUUGUAUUGAUGAGUUCGACAAGAUGAAUGAACAAGACCGUACAGCGAUACACGAAGUCAUGGAGCAACAGACCGUCAGCAUUAGUAAGGCGGGCAUCGUAGCUACUCUUAAUGCACGCUGUUCUGUACUCGCUGCCGCAAACCCUGUUGGAGGUCGCUACAACGUGCGCAAGACCGCGACUGAGAAUAUAGGUCUUCCCGCCGCUUUACUCUCGCGAUUCGACCUUGUCUUCCUCCUCCUCGACCAGUCCGCCUCGCGACAACACGACAUCGACAUGGCCCGCCACCUCCUCGCCGUCCGCAAAACCGGCACCAACUUCAAUAACGUCGUUGCCGCUGCCGGUAACGGGGUCGGAACCGGAGCCGGUAACGGAGCCCGAGGCGCCCACGGCCGUGGUGAUAACGCUGGCAACGCUCAUGGCGGGGUAAGGCCUCAGGCUGGAACCUUGGAACCAGGCGAGGUGGCGUUGGAGACCGAGGUGAUCAAGUUACUGGUUGAGGAGACGCAGCAGUACGCGCCUACGCUGCCGGCGGCGUUGGAGGACGAGGUGACAGCGCGGUACGUUGCCGCACGAAGGACGGCGGUCGACGCGGAGACGUAUGUGACGCCGCGGUCGCUGACUGGAUUAUUGCGUCUGGCCCAGGCGUUGGCUAAGUUACGGUUCGAUACACAUAUCGCGCUUGAAGAUGUCGAGGAAGCACAGCGACUCAUUGAUGCCUCCCGCGAAAGCGUGCGACGUAGACGUGCUGAACUCCAGGCCGCACACAUCGAUAAGCCGUACCUUAAGACCCUCGAGUUUAUUCAAACACUAAGCCGAGAAGGUGCUGCAGUCGACUACACGCACGCGCUGCAACAAGCCGCAGAACAAGGCAUCGAACCCGGCGCUUUCAACGACGCACUGGAAGACCUCAUCAACCAAGGACAAAUCACCUACACAGACAUCACUAAACAAAGGUUCGUCAAAUGUGCAUAA